ACCCCACUUUUUUUUUUUUUUUUUUUUGGAGUCUCUAAUCUGAAUCUCCCUCUCCAAAUACUCAACUCUGCAUUCCUCUUUGUCUGUUAAAAUCUGCUUUUUUUUUUGGUCCUCUCCUUUUUGUCCUCCCACACCACCUCUAUAAGCACCUCCUGUUAAGUGCUUCACUACCAAAACUCUCCUCCAUCCACCCUUUCUCUCUCUUCUUCACCUCACGCUUCCUUCUAUUACUCUAAUUACUGUGAUUCCCCUCUAAAACCAGAUCAUCCUUUUCUUUCCUUCUAAACCAGCCAUGUCUGCAACACAAGCUGUUUGAUCCAUGUCAGUUUCCUCCUCCUCCUCUUCUCCAAUUCUUCUUCACUUGUAGCCGGCUGAAAUUAAAAAAAAAAAAAAAGGAAAAAAAAGAAGAAAGCUACAGGGUUUGUUUGUAGCUGUCUUCAUUGAUUAUCUUCUGGCUGAGAUAUAGAGACGAUAAUGAGGUCGGUGCUGUUACUGCCAUAGUGCUGCUAUACUCGACUCAAUUGCUUCCAACGCCACUCCAUAUACUUUUCUCCCUUCAGCUUUUCAAAGAUUAGGUUUGAGGCCAACCCCUAGGAUUUCAAGGAUUGCAAUCAUAUUCUAGUAGCACUAUACCCCCAGAGAAGGUAGCUAGGAGGAGGGAAUGGAACUUUCGAGUCAAGAAGGAGAAAUCCCAAUCCCAAUAAACAGCACUACGUAUGGUGGGGGACACGGUAAUGGACACGGUCAUGGUCUCAUGAUUCACCAUGACCCUCCACACCACAGCCACAACCACAUUAUCUCCUCCACGGCGCCUACCAACGGCACACCCACUAUGCAGCAGGAGGAUCACGGGUACAAGAAAGUGGUGAGGUACAGAGAAUGCCUGAAGAACCAUGCAGCGGCCAUGGGAGGGAAUGCCACCGAUGGAUGCGGCGAGUUCAUGCCCAGUGGGGAAGAAGGCACCAUAGAGGCUCUGAACUGCUCAGCCUGCCAUUGCCACAGAAACUUCCACAGAAAGGAAGUGGAGGGUGAGCCAUCUUCGUGUGACUACCACCCCUUCAACAGAAGAAGACUCAUUCUGGGCCCUCACAAGAACCUCCUCCCCCCCGAGGCUCUUGGCUACCCUACAGGUAACAUCCUCCCUUCUAGAAGCGUCCCACCACACCAGAUGAUAAUGCCCUACAGCAUUGGUCACCUCCCUUCGGAGUCCGAUGAACAAGAAGACGGUGGGGGAAUGGUGCAGCCUAGACCCUCCCAGCUAGUGAAGAAAAGGUUCAGGACAAAGUUCACCCAGGAGCAGAAGGAGAAAAUGCUCAACUUUGCUGAGAGGGUUGGGUGGAAAAUCCAGAAGCAAGAAGAGUCCGUGGUGCAACAGUUCUGCCAAGAGAUUGGGGUGAAGCGAAGAGUGCUCAAGGUUUGGAUGCACAACAAUAAGCACAAUCUCGCCAAAAAGAAUCCUCCUACUGCAGCAGCUUAAAGUACAAUAAUUUAUUAUUAUCAUUACAAUUAUCCAUCCAUCCAUCAUCUUUUAUCUAGCUUUGUGUUUUUUGUGCUUUAUUAUUAUCAUCGUUAUCAUUACUGGUAUUAUAAACUCCAUCCACUCUCCUCCACGUAUAAUCAUUAGCCUAGCCGCAAGUGUUUGUUGACUUUCUUCAA